UAUCUCACUCCAUCUCUCUCCUUUGGAUCAGACUUUCUCUCUCUAUAUCUAUAUCUGUAACCACACAGCGCACAGACCAAACCAGACCAGACCUUCGGUUUAAACAUAAAAAAAAAGAAAAAGAAAAACACAAGCCCGAUGUUCUCUGGGAUCUCGUAAUUGUAACAAACGGAAAUGACGAGGCGGUGCUCGCAUUGCAGCCACAACGGCCACAACUCCCGCACCUGUCCCAAUCGAGGCGUCAAGCUUUUCGGCGUCCGAUUGACUGAUGGCUCCAUCCGGAAGAGCGCUAGUAUGGGCAACUUGACCCAUUACAUGGGCGGCGGCGGCGGAAGUGGGAGCGCUGCUCAUAACUCCCCCGCUGACACCCCUGACCACCCCUCUCCCGCCGAUGGCUACGCUUCUGAAGACUUCGUUGCUGGCUCCUCUUCCAGCCGUGAGCGGAAAAAAGGAGUGCCUUGGACAGAAGAGGAACAUAGGUUAUUUCUGAUUGGCUUGCAAAAGCUUGGUAAAGGUGAUUGGCGUGGCAUUGCACGGAAUUAUGUGGUCUCUAGAACACCCACUCAGGUUGCUAGCCAUGCCCAAAAGUACUUCAUCAGACAGAGUAAUGUGUCAAGGAGGAAGAGACGCUCAAGCCUAUUCGAUAUUGUUGCCGACGAAUCCGCCGAUACUACUGUUAUGUCGAGAGAUUUUUUCCCUGUGAAUCAUUCUCAAGCCGAGACACAAAGCAGCGUUCCAGCAGCUCCUACUGCUGUGGAUGAAGACUGUGAAUCCAUGGGAUCUGCAAACUCCAACGACGGGGACACUGCUCUGACAAACCCGGAGGGCUCUCAAUAUCCUUACCCUGUCAUGUAUCCUGCUUAUGUCGCUCCUCUCUUCCCGUUGCCCGUCCAGUUUUGGCCUGGAUACAAUACAGAGCCCGCCAUAGCAGAAACCCAUGAAGUGGUGAAGCCAACUGCUGUGCAUUCGAAGAGCCCUAUUAAUGUGGACGAGCUCGUUGGUAUGUCAAAUCUAAGCUUAGGGGAAUCCAUCGGGGAUGGCGGGCCGUCAGCCCUCUCCCUAAAACUCGUCGAGGGCUCUGCGAGACCUUCUGCGUUUCAGGCUAACCCGGCUUCCGGCACUUCAGACAUGAGUCACAAUCCGAUUCAUGCCGUCUAGAAUGCAGGAAAGAACAUGUUGGUUGUGUCGUUGUUAAUAGAAGAUGAUAGUGUUUAGAGUGGGUUUUGUUAAGUUAUAAUUUUCUGUUAGGUUGUCAUAAUAAGUGUGUUUUAGGAAGGAUUAACUCAACCUCAGCUUAACUCUGUAGACGCCAGAAAACUUGUUUUUCAAAUUAUUUGAAUCUUUCACAA